UCUCAAUAGAUAGAAUUUUCUUUGCGCUCCGCCGCUCCGGAAUUGGGGUUUACAUCCGGCUCCUUUCCAGGGAACGGAAGGAAAUUUGCUGAGAGCGAAAACUCUCGUCUGAAACGAUAGUCUCGACACGAAGAAGGCGCUGCUAGGUCAGCGAUCAUGGAGAUGAUGAACUCGGCCGGCGGCGGCGGAGGCGUUGCUGGCAUGGGUUACGCUGAUUCAGUGGACUCAUCGCCGCGCUCUCGCGGCGGCGAGUCCUGGGACGAACCGUUCCCUUCCUCGGCUGCAGCCACAAAACUGCGAUUGAUGUGUAGCUAUGGAGGACGGAUCGUGCCGCGACCUACAGAUAGAUCACUGUGCUACCUCGGCGGAGACACGCGGAUCGUGGUAGUGGAGCGGCACACUACUCUCGCUGAUCUCUCUGCUAAACUCUCCCGGCAUCUUCUUGGCGGUCUAAACUUUACCCUCAAGUAUCAGCUUCCGAAUGAAGACCUCGACUCCCUUAUCUCAGUUACCACCGACGAGGACCUAGAUAACAUGAUCGACGAGUACGAUCGCAUCGUUGCAUCUUCUUCCGCCGGCAGCGGAUCCGGUUCAUCCCGAUCAUCCCGCCUUCGGCUGUUCCUUUUCCCUUCGAAGCCGGAUUCGGCACCAUCGUCGAUUGGAUCGCUGCUGGAUGAUUCGAAGUCGGAGAACUGGUUUGUGGAUGCCCUAAACGGUGCCAUCGGCAUGGACGGCCUCCCUCGCGGCCUUUCUGCAGAUUCCUCUUCUGUUAACUGUCUUCUUGGCCUGGAGGACGACUCCUUAAAAUCGCGCUCCGGGAUCUCGGCCUCAGCCGCCGCCUCUGUCGGCUCCGUGCAGCCAGAGCAUGAGCAGCUACUACCUCGGCCAGAUUCUUCUGGUAAGCUUACACGCCAGGAUGUUCAGUCCGUGCCGGAUUCCCCCAUGGUCGAGACUACUUCCUCUUUCGGCUCGACCUCCUCUGCCCCUUACCUCUCGAAUCUGCCCCCGAUCCGUGUACGCCCCGACGACCGGCCUCCAGAGCAGCGGAUGGGCGGCUUGGAGGACCACUUCUCGCAGAUGAACAUCUCUGCAGCUGCCGCCAUGGCGGCGGCAUCUGCUCCAGGACAGAGGCUGUCAGACGAGACCAGCUUCAGGGAACCGAACUACCCUUUCUACCAAGCCCCUCCUCUCGCAAACCCAAUAUCUGCUUCCUCAAUCUCCCCAUCUGAAAACCCUAAUCGCAAAAUGUUUUCCUCUGAUGAAGAGAAGUCCGAUCAAGUUGCCAUCAGCAUACCGCCGCCGC